UUCUCCCUUUCUCGAGCAAGAAAGUUUCCUCUCAAUUUUCUCGGCACUUUCUCGGUUGCUCUUCAGUUUCUCGACUCCAGAAUCGCUGAGGAACGAUGGAAAACGAAACGGCGCCGUUUACUUACAGCGGCACCUCCGCCGUUGGAAUCGUCAACUCUCACGGCGAACCUUCUCUCUUACGCGAUCAGCUCUACCACUCCAACAGCCGCAGCGUGAUGCAGCAGCGCCAAGACAUGGUGAACCGAGAGGCGUUGUGCUACACGCGCCUCCACGAGGCGUCGCUCGAAGCGGAAGUGCUCCGUCUCGAGAACACGGAGCUGCGUUCGAUGAAUCUCCACCUCAAGAAGGAGCUCGACCAGCUGAUCAGAUCCUCUAUCCAGAACCGAUUCGGCUACGAUAGGGUUCCGCUUCGGAUGCUUAGCAAUCUUUCGAUCGGCGGAGGGAAUAAUCGCGGCGCCGAGGACGCGGAGAAUCAGAACCGUGCGGUUAAUCGAGAUGACGUCAGCGAUGAGAGUCCGACGAGCGUGAUUGCGAGUGAGGAUCUGAACCGUUCGUCGCUCCCGAAGAGCAUCUCCGUGAGAUCCAGCGGUUACUCUAAGUCGAGCCAAGGUGGAGGUGGUGGUGGUGGUGGCGCCGCCGCUGCUCAAUGUGGAAAAUCUCGUGGAGCCGUAGCUAAGCCUGGAGCUUGUGGUCAACAACUCAGUACGACGCAAAGGGUAUAUGUGCGAGGAGGGAAGAAAGAAGAAGAGGAGGAGAUAGAAGUGGAGGUGUACAAUCAAGGGAUGACAAAGACAGAGCUCUGCAACAAGUGGCAAGAGACAGGGACAUGCCCAUACGGUGACCACUGCCAGUUCGCUCACGGCAUUAAAGAACUCCGCCCAGUGAUCCGCCAUCCUCGUUACAAGACUGAAGUUUGCAGAAUGGUUCUUGCUGGUGACAUCUGUCCUUACGGCCACCGUUGCCACUUCCGCCACUCACUAUCUGAGCAAGAGAAGCUCAUGGCCGCUGAUUGCAAACCCAACAACAAGUCCUCCUUCAAGCUUGUUAAAUGACCAAAGGUAAAAUGAAAAACAGAAGGCUUGGACCGUAUAUACCUAUAAUUGAACAGUACUAUACCUACCCUAUAGAGAUAUUGAUAGCUAUUCAAAGGAUUUGGCAAAUAGCAUAUUGGUAAAAGGAAGUGAAUAAUGUUGCAUUCGUAAGAGCCUGUUUUGUGACUAUAAGUGGGGUUGUUUGAACAUUGCUUAUUCUGAUACUUUGAAAUCCGAGGAGCAUUCUACGGUUAUUCAGAUGAUUG